AUGAUCUUCCAAGAUGGCCGCGCCCUCUAGCGAGCAGGGCCAGUUUAACGAGACGAGCCGCAGAUGCAAAGUGACGGCUUGAGACGUAGACAAAGCAGCUUUUAGGUGAACCUGUCGCUUCUUUAUUCCCGCAGACAUGAGCAACAACGACUUUAUCCUCCCCAAAGACUUCCCUGAGCUGAAGAAUGAUACAUUCCUGCGAGCAGCACGAGGAGAAGAGCCCGAACAUGUCCCUGUCUGGUGUAUGAGACAGGCUGGGAGAUACCUACCAGAGUUCCGUGAGAUCAGAGCAGGGAAGGACUUCUUUGACACAUGUCGGUCCCCUGAAGACUGCUGUGAGCUCACCCUGCAGCCUUUGAGACGUUUUCCCUUCGAUGCCUCCAUCAUCUUCUCUGACAUCCUAGUCAUCCCACAGGCCAUGGGUAUGGGGGUCCAGAUGUUGCCUGGUAAAGGUCCGACCUUCACCGACCCGCUGAAGGAACCGGAGGACCUGCAGCGUCUCCAGCCCAAUGUGGAUGUCAACAAAGAGCUGGAUUAUGUCUUCAAAGCCAUCACGCUGACCAGACACAAGAUUGAAGGAAAAGUUCCCCUCAUAGGAUUCACCGGAGCUCCGUGGACCCUGAUGGCGUACAUGAUCGAAGGCGGAGGUUCCAACACAUAUUCUAAAGCCAAGCGUUGGCUCUACCGGCACCCGGAGUCCAGCCACAUGCUGCUGAAGAUGCUGACGGAUGUGAUUGUAGAGUACCUGCUGGGUCAGGUAGCAGCAGGAGCACAGGCUCUGCAGGUGUUUGAUUCCCAUGCUGGCAUCCUGGGCCCGGUGGAGUUUAAAGAGUUCUCCCUGCCAUAUCUCCGAGACAUCGCUCGCCGUGUCAAGGACAGACUUAAGGAGAAAGGACAGGAUGUUCCGAUGAUUGUGUUUGCGAAAGAUGCUCACUACGCUUUAGAGGAGCUUUCCGAGUCUCACUACGAAGUGGUGGGGCUGGACUGGACCAUUGACCCCCGAUCAGCACGGGAGCGCACCGGAGGGAAGGUCAGCCUGCAGGGUAACAUGGACCCCUGUGCCCUGUAUGCUCCAAAGGAGCGGAUUUCAGAGAUUGUGAAGAAAAUGUUGGAGGGUUUUGGGAGGAAGGGCUACAUCGCUAACCUCGGCCACGGCCUUUACCCCGACAUGGACCCAGAGAGCGUCGGUGCCUUCAUCGAAGCCGUGCACCAGCACUCUAAACUCGCAAUCAAACAAGCAUGAGGACAAGAUAGAGAAUGUAUAUUAUUAAUGAUGUGGAGAAAAAUGCAUUAUUUAAUAAAAAAAAAUCUAAACCUGUA